AGUAAUAUUUUUACUUGUACCAUAAUACGUUAAGCUCAACAACCGGCCAUGGGGCCCCUAAUACCCCACAAGACUAUCUCCGGUUUACGUCGAAGUAUUUGGAUGCGGUGAACGAGAAAUACCCACUCGUGUUGAUAAGCCUUCCAUACUCGAUAAUCUAUUUGACAGCUGCGCUAACUCCACAUCGUCUAGACCGCGACCUGAAGCCGAUGCAUUCCAAAAAAGACAUCCGGACGCAUGCCAAGGCCGGACUCGCGUUAGGUGUAGCCGGCGUCGGCGCGUAAACCUAAUGGUUGCUUUCGGGGUUUCCUAAUUUAGCAAACUCGUCCCAACACUAUCAUGCUGGAGAGCGUAAUAAAAUAUGACGGGUUAUAGCUAACACUGGUGUUUGUUCUUUUGUCCUGUGAAAUUAUCGUUAGACGUCUUCAUCAUCGACCAAGAUGAUACGCCAAAAGAGCCAGAUUAACGGCAAUAAGCUGAUCGCUAUGAUCACGCUCGUCGAUGCGCUCUCAAGCUGUUGGUUCGGCUAUGAUCAGGGCGUUUUUGCUGGUGUUAUCGUAUCCGAUAAUUUCAAGGAACAGUUUCCUCAGGUCCUCGACGCCAACAUAUCAGGCAUCACGUCAAGUUGCUUCUUCAUUGGAGCCUUCCUAGGAUCGAUGGCGGCUUUUAUGCUAGGUGAUAGACUCGGACGAAGAAGAACCAUCGCCUGGGGUUUAUUGUGCAACUUCCUGGGAGCGAUUCUCCAGUUCACCGCGUGGCAUCUACCCCAGAUGAUAAUCGGACGCUUGAUAAAUGGGUUCGGCAUAGGAUUAACAUCAACUACCACUCCCGUCUACCUAUCCGAAUGUGCGAAAUCACACCAGCGAGGUAAACUAGUCGUCAUCGGUACCGCUUCUAAUGUAACAUCGUUCGCGUUGGCGAACUGGAUAGCCUAUGCCUUAUACUCUCAAAAUGGACCAUUUCAAUGGCGAUUUCCUCUCGCUUUUCAAGUCGUUUACUUCUUCAUGAUAGCACCACUUCUCCUUCUGGUUCCCGAGUCGCCUAGAUGGUUGUUACUAGCUGGCAAGGAGGAGAGUGCUCUCAGUGUUCUUAGCCAACUCGCCGGGAAGGAUAUUCCGACGAACGACGAUACCGUCACGGGAGAGUUUCGCUCUAUUAAAGUCGCCAUAGAGCUUGAGAGAGAAGACCGCGCACCGAUCAUGGAUGUCCUCUGCUUCCGCGACAAGGCACAUAACUUCCGUCGCUUGAUACUGUCUUGCGGAACCCAGUUUAUGCAGCAGUUCAGUGGCAUAAACGCGUUAGGAUUUUAUCUUCCUACGCUGUUGGCGCAGGAUGUCGGUUUUAGCCAAGAAAUGAGCCGAUUGAUUGCUGCCGUCAGCGGUACUGUUUACCUGGUUUCGGCAUUCGGAAGCGUGAUUAUCAUUGAUACUCUUGGUCGACGAAAGAUGCUACUAUGCGGCUCUAUCGCUAUGGGAAUAUGCCACCUGAUCGCCUCCCUGUGUCUCAGAUCGAGCGAGCUCGAUAUUUCCGGGAAGAAGCUGAUGGGAAACGUAACCACUGCGAUGUUCAUUGUUUUUCACGUAUUUUUUGGUUUGACAUGGGCUUGGCGUACCGUGGGUAUACAGCGCCGAGGUAAAUUCACUAGGUUGGCGAUCUCGAGGAGCGGGAGCUGCCACAGCCACAAAUUGGCUCGGCGGAUUCGUGGUGACUCAAUUUACCAAAGUAGGCAUUGAUAACCUAAAUUGGGCCUUUUACCUAAUUUUUGCCGUGUUCUGCUUUUCGUAUUUCCCAAUAGUGCUCUUGUUUUAUCCCGAAACCUCAAAUCGGACGCUUGAAGAUAUGGACUAUAUGUUUAUACAGAAUCCAUCUAUAUUCGUAUUGGGGAGACAGGAAAUGACCCAGCGGAGACGGCCGGCAAGCUUCGCGACGGCAGAGGCCGACCGCAUUUCAAGGGGAUGAAGCAGAAAAUUAUGGAAUGUUCUUAGAACUGGCAGAUGGUGAUACCCAAUAAUUCAAAGGUUAGACCGGAUAGAAUCAAAUCGAAAUAUGAACGGUAACCUGAAAGUUGAGACUUAUUUUUGCUCCCAGUAUGUGCCGAAACCUCAUACUCCUAGUAUAGUUCAUCCCCUAGUUAUGAGAAGUUUCUAGAA